AUGAUGGACGAAAACUCAGUUCGUUUUCACCCUGAACAAGCGAAGGCGUCUCGUGGACUGCGUCAACUUGAACAUCGUAUUAAGGCCAAACGGCAGCAGUACAACUGGAUUCAGCCGUCCUCUUCUGCACAUAUAGAGAACCAAUUUAUGGCUUCAAAGGAUAAACAGAUAUUAGUUUACAUCUUCCGAUUCAAGAUAUUGGGACACUUCCGAUUUUUCAUUCCUCAGAUCCGGCUCUGCAUCGAUGUAUGGCUCAACUUCAAGUGUAUCCUCUACAUCUGCUUGAACGGAGCUAAUUAUACUUUCUUUGAUGCGGGAUUCGCUCUGGGAAACGACCUCUACCUUCUUCUUCUUUUUCUUCCUUUUUCCCUUUUGGCUGCUUGGGGUUGUGGCUUCUGA